UGAUUUCUGACGCGUUAUUCUCAUUUCAAUUCACUCCCUUCCCCUAUUCAUUCAUGGCAGCAGUUGGCAAUUCAAACAAGCGCAAGAGGCUGAUUGAGCGGUCAUUGCCGCCCAAAAUCGAGUCAUACAUUCCAGAGUCGCGUCUGUUUGCGCAGUUGCAGACACUGGAGCGCAAGCUCGACACAAAAAUCAUCCGCAAGCGGCUCGAAGUGCAAGAAGCACUGGGAAAGCCUGUAUACAAGAAGCGCAUUCCUGCGGGCAAGCUGGACGCGUUGGCCGCACCUGCCUGGACUCUGCGCAUCGAAGGACGUCUGCUGGACGCGCCAGGGACGACCAGCAAGUCACGGCCGGGGCAGCACAAGUUUAGCGAGUUCGUGAACUCGGUUGUUGUUGAGCUGGACCGCGGCAGCACGCAUGCUGAUAAUCUUGUGCAGUGGCGGCGCGCAGGCGACGGCGAGGUCGAUGGGUUCGAGAUUAAGCGGCGGGGCGACGAGGACGUGAGGACAAAGAUCAUCCUGGACAUACGGACGGCCACCGACCGGUUCAAGGUCAACAAUCCGCUGCUGCGCGAGCUGCUGGAUAUCCGCGGCACCAUCUCCAAGGCCGGGUUCAUCAUGAAGCUGUGGCAGUACAUCAAGCUCAACAACCUGCAGGAUAAUGAUGAUCCGGACCAGAUCAGAUGCGACGCGGGGCUGCAGCAGGCGCUGGGUCACCAGGUCGUGUCGUUUGCUGCCAUCCCGCAGAUGCUGCAUGCAUUCCUGGCUCGGCCCGACCCAAUCGUCAUUGAGUAUACGGUACGGGUGCAUGAGGGCGGCUUCCACAUGGGCAAAUACGCAUUCGACAUUGAAGUCGAGGUUGAGGACCACUGGCGGCACACAACAGGCCCGCUGGCGAACCUGCAGACGCGCCAGCGCGAGCUUGUGCACGUCGAGAGCCAGCUGCAGCAGAAGAUGAUCGAUAUCCACAACGCCCGCAGCAAGCGCGAUUUUUUGCGCGGGUUCGCCGAUGACCCUGUCGCGUUCAUCCACCGGUGGAUCGACAACCAGACAAAGGACCUGGAGGUCAUCCUGGGCGACCGCAAGCACGGCCUGGAGGCCGCUCUGGGCGCCAUUAUGGAGGCGGAUGAAGAGUCCCAGGGAAUGUCCGAGGAGCGCAAGCACGCGCUGGAGCAGGAGGCGGCAAAGUGGCUCAAGGACAGCAAGCUGUACGACGAGCCGUGGGCAGAGGAGGCCGUGUUCCAUUAUUUGUCGGCGAAGACCCAGGAGAGAAUGCAGCAGCUGCUUCAACAACAGCAGCAGCAGCAACAGCAGCAGCAGCAGCAACAGGCGACGCCCCAGCCGCACGGCAUGUAGGGAGAUUCCAGAAUUUUAAUUUUUUAAAAGAUAUUG